AAGCUGGAGAACAAGCCACAUCUCCUCUAUAAUUGUGAUGAGACUGGCUUUGGAGACAAGCCUCGGUCCAGGGAGAAGGUCCUGUGCCAGACUGGAAGGAAGCAUGUCUAUCAACAGCAGCAGACGAACGGGGAGCACAUCACGGUCCACUGCUGUGUGAAUGCAGCCGGGGACAGCCUUCCACCCUUCAACAUAUUUACCUCCCAAGUGAUGCCUAUAGGCUGGAUGGGGCCCCCCAACGCCCUCUAUGGCAUCCAAGAGAAAGGGUUACAUGGACUCUGAGCUCUUCCUGACAUGGCUCCACCAUUUUAUCAGAUAUGCUCCUGAGGAGAGACCACUAAUUUUAAUCAUGGACCAACACGAGACACAUGUCUCAAGAGACGUAAUCAUGUUCUGCAGAGAAAACAAGAUUGAAAUUCUCUGCCUACCUGCCCACACCACACACAUACUUCAGCCCCUGGAUAUUGCGGUCUUCAACCCACUGAAGACCGCUUUCUCCACCAUGGCUUCCAGGAUGGGUCUGGUGCGAGGGGACAUUGUUGAGGGGAAGAAGCAGUUUUCAGCUCUCCUCAAACACGUUUACCCCACUGCUGUCACAGCCCAAAACAUCAAGGCCGGGUUCCGCAAGGCUGGCAUCUAUUCUCUGUCCAGAGCUGCUGUGGACACAACCCAGGUGGUGAGAGUGCUCCCAUCUGCAGAUGGAAGUGACGCCACACCAUCCAGCCCUGCUGGUGUAGUUCCAGAGAGUCUAACUAACGUCCUCAUGAGUCCAGCCCUGGAGAAGAAGGGAGAAGGUGAGGCGUCGCAUUCCGUUGCCAGCCCGUGUCGUCACCAGCGACAAGUACUUCGACCUGCUGGUAGAAAAAGAAACUCAGGAGAAAGAGAAGGAAGAAGAGAAGCCCAGGAGGUCAAAAGGCACAAGAAUCCGGCACCUCCUCCUACUGAAGAUUGAGAACACGGCGC